AUGGAAGAUUCGCAGCUGCCCCUGGUACUUUCGGCAACUGGAGCGCAUGAUGCAUGGCGCGGCUGGAGGGAUACUUCGAGAAGAAGAGCUCAGCAAACAAGCUUGUUUCUCGUCGACGCUUUUUACGGCCAAGAGGGAGAAAUUGAUGAUGUACUGCAACAGAUCAACCACAGUCUCAGUGAAUCGUACGCGUUCCUGAUCACGGCACUGAUGUCAAAAGCAGACUCUAUAACGGGGUAA